CAACGUGUGAUAUGUACCUAAUUUCAGGAAACUAUCUUAUCCUUUCCUCAUGGCCGGUCGCUAAGGCCGUGCAUCAAUUUUCACGUUUUGCUGUUAAUUUAAAUCCAGAAAAAUGUCUCGACGAAAGGGAAUGGAAGAAACUGAUAAGCUUACCCGUAUUGCAAUCGUCAAUGCGGAUAAGUGCAAACCCAAGAGGUGCAGGCAGGAAUGCAAAAAAUCCUGUCCUGUUGUUCGAAUGGGAAAGUUGUGUAUUGAAGUGACACCUAAUAGCAAAAUCGCAUCUAUAUCUGAAGAAUUGUGCAUUGGAUGUGGUAUUUGUGUUAAGAAAUGUCCAUUUGAGGCUAUUGCCAUUAUAAAUCUGCCAAGUAAUUUGCAAAGCCAAACGACGCAUCGUUAUGGCAAAAAUUCAUUUAAAUUGCAUAGAUUACCAAUACCUCGUCCAGGUGAAGUUUUGGGACUGGUGGGAACUAAUGGUAUUGGAAAGUCAACUGCUUUGAAAAUUCUAGCAGGCAAACAAAAACCUAAUCUUGGGAGAUAUUCUGACCCUCCAGAUUGGACAGAAAUUCUCAGCCACUUCAGGGGUAGUGAAUUACAAAAUUAUUUUACCAAAAUUUUGGAAGAUGAUUUAAAAGCUCUUAUUAAGCCACAGUAUGUUGACCAAAUUCCUAAAGCUGUUAAGGGAACUGUUAGGCAGCUGUUGGACAAGAAAUGUGAAUUGACAAAUAUGGAUCAAAUUUGCAAGAUGUUGGAAUUGGAGCAUAUUAAAGAUCGUGAAAUCAGUGCUUUAUCAGGAGGAGAAUUGCAACGUUUUGCUUGUGCCAUGGUGUGCAUUCAAAAUGGAGACAUUUUCAUGUUUGAUGAGCCUUCAUCAUACUUGGAUGUCAAACAACGUCUUAAUGCUGCCCAAACUAUUAGAUCAUUAAUUGAUCCAGAUAAGUUUAUCAUUGUUGUUGAGCAUGAUUUGAGUGUACUUGACUACCUCUCUGACUUCAUUUGUUGUUUAUAUGGUGUGCCUGGUGCAUAUGGUGUUGUCACUAUGCCUUUCUCUGUAAGAGAAGGUAUCAACAUUUUCUUGGAUGGUUUUGUACCCACUGAGAAUUUGCGUUUCAGAGAUGAAUCUUUGGUGUUCAAAGUGGCAGAAUCGGCGACAGAAGAAGAGGUUAAGAGAAUGAAUCAUUAUGAGUACCCAGCUAUGUGUAAAACUAUGGGUAAUUUCCAACUGAAUGUAAGCAAGGGACAAUUUUCUGAUUCCGAAAUUUUGGUUUUGCUUGGAGAAAACGGUACUGGUAAAACAACGUUCAUCAGGAUGUUAGCUGGCAAUUUAGAUCCCGACACUGGUUCAGAAGACUUACCACAACUCCACAUUAGUUACAAACCUCAAAAGAUUAGCCCCAAACAUCAAGGCUUAGUUAGACAGUUAUUGCAUGAAAAGAUUAGAGAAGCUUAUAUUCAUCCACAGUUUAUUGCUGAUGUAAUGAAACCUUUGAAAAUUGAAGACAUCAUUGACCAAGAAGUUCAGAAUUUAUCUGGUGGUGAAUUGCAAAGAGUAGCUAUGACACUUUGUCUCGGCAAGCCUGCCGAUGUGUAUCUGAUUGACGAACCGAGCGCCUAUCUUGACUCUGAACAACGUUUAGUUGCGGCCAAAGUAAUAAAAAGAUUCAUCAUCCACGCUAAAAGAACUGGCUUCGUUGUGGAGCACGAUUUCAUAAUGGCCACAUAUUUGGCCGAUCGUGUUAUUGUAUUUGAAGGUGAACCUUCGGUGAAGACCACCGCCAACUCACCACAGACUCUGCUGGCCGGUAUGAAUAGGUUCUUGGAACUUCUUGGCAUCACCUUCAGAAGAGAUCCCAACAACUUCAGACCGAGAAUUAACAAACAAGAGUCCGUGAAGGACGUUGAACAGAAACGUUCUGGACAGUAUUUCUUUUUGGAAGAUUGAUUUACCGUGCAUUUUUUGUUUAUGUAUAAACAAAUACUGUCAAUUUUAGUUUACAUUAUUUCUACUUAUUUUAUAAAUAUAAAAUGCAAAUGUGGAAGGAGAAUAUUAAACGGUUGAUAUUGCUAAA